AUGGCUGCUAACAACAUUACCCCCACCUCCGAAUUGGGCCUCAAGGCCGACUACCACCUGUUCAAGAAGGGCGUGCGCCCCGAGUGGGAGGACCCUCAGAACAAGCACGGCGGCAAGUGGUCAUACCAGUUCAAAGACAAGCGCUCCGUCCCCAUCGAUGAACUUUGGCUGCAUGCGCAGCUGGCUGCCAUCGGCGAAACUCUCGAGGCCGAUGCUGAUAACGAGGUCAUGGGCGUGGUGGUGAACGUGCGCAAGGGCUUCUACCGUGUCGGUCUGUGGACCCGUACUGUGGGCAAGAGCAUUCCCGGUGACAAGAACACCCGCACUCCGGCCCAAGGCAAGGAAAUUCUGGAGGCGAUCGGCCGUCGCUUCAAGGAAGUUCUGCGCCUGAAGGAGGCGGAUGUGGUGGAGUUCUCUGGCCACACGGACAGCGCGCACAGUGGAAGCACCCGUGCCAAGGCAAAGUACACCGUCUAG